AUGGCUUCUCAGAGAGUUUCUAGCAAUUCCUUGUCACAGACACCCGGCCGAGAUAUUGGACCAUCGCUUCCUUCUUGCGAGGCGCUCCAGGAUGGAAAUAGUCACACAUAUCAUCCCUGUGAUACUUUCCAUUCGAUGCACCUACCAUCACGGAGCAAUUCUACAAACAACAGAAAGUCGCAAACCAACUCAUGGGCUCAAGCCAUCGAUGAGCAGCUCUCUGUUGAGGGUUGGCCAGUUGAACCUCGCAAACUGAGGAACAAUACUAUACUGGCGUUAGUUCUCAACCUUUGCGAAGCUCUGGUCACUCUUGCGCCAAUUGCAUUCAUCAUACUUGCUAUACUAGCAGCUCAACUAGAUGGGAAGCCUAUCGAUGAGAAUGGACUUGGUCACAAUAUCAAGAUUAUCACGCGCCUUGGACCUUCAAUAUAUCCAAUUCUGUUUGCGGCAGUAGCAGGAAAAUCCUUGAAAAUGUUUGCACGAUAUUAUGCCGAGCGAGGUAUGAAGCUUGGUGUUUUGGAACUGCUCCUGGCAAGUCAAACGGUAUGGGGCACUUUCGAGAGCCAAGUACUCCUGAGGCGUUUCACUGUCGUUGGGACUCACUUAACUCUUCUAUGGUGCUUGUCUCCUCUCGGAGGCCAAGCAUCUCUCCGUAUCCUAGAGACUGCCACGGAGGCUCGAGUCGAAGGUGGUCAGCCGAUUCUAUACCUUCCAACGGGUGGCAUGAGCUCUUACGGUAUCGAGAACGGUGUGUUAGCUUCUGGCGAUGCGGCUACCUCUUUGGCGGCUAUCAACGCUCUAUACAGUGCUAACCUACUUGCUCCUCUGUCUGUAAAGAAUUCUGACGAAGAUACCUGGGGAAAUCUCAAGAUUCCAUGGUUGCCAAUCUCGGAAGAUGUGCCAUCCCAGCCUGGUAUCUGGAGUACUAUUCCGGACCUCACCUCGGCAGACAACUACAGUUCUCUGGUUGGACUUCCACUAGCUGGGUUGAUUAAAAAGUCGCAGACUCUACAAGAACUCACCUUCGAGUAUGCUUAUAUGGACCUCAAAUGUCCUCUCCCAGCCUACAAUUUUUCCCAGAAAGAUCCUGCCCUCAUCAGACAGCUUGGUCUAGUCUGGUCUUCAAACAAUAAAUCGAUGUUCACGAACACUGCCAAGAAUACCAUCACAUCGUUUUUUCUUGACACCCACACACCAACGUCCAAUGAGCGAGUGGACAACAUUCUGCUUGAUCAGAACGUCACGACAAACUCGGAUCCCUCUUUGCGGAUCCCAAGAAACAUACUCUUCGGUAGUCUGGACUCGAAUUCAUCGACGGUGCUUCUUCGGAACUGUACUGUGACUCUAGUCUACACUGAAGCCCAAGCUCAAUGUACUGGGGAUGGGUGCAGAGUGAAAGCAAUCCGACCUUCCACCAAGUACCAACACCGCAAUCCGAACCUAACUCUGCUCGAGUCUUUUGUUCUGAGUUAUCACUUCAUGCAAGACUUCCCGCUAGCAACUGGCAGCGUCCACAAUGGCGAUACUUCACCCACUGAGUAUUAUGUUAGGGGAGCACAUAUACCCUUUGGUACAGCAACAGCAGGACUGCCCGAGCUCGCUACCCUUCCGAACGACCUCUUUGUCAUACGGACGGGACAAUUGAUGAACACUUAUUUACAACUCUCACUUGCUCCCUUGGCAUACACAGGCGAUCUACCUGCUCCAAACGAAGACAUCUGGAAGACUUCAGACCAAUCUAUCAGCACAGAAGUCUACGAUGAGACUCUACCACCGUUCCUGCCGAUGUCCGCAAACUCUACGAUCACCAUAUCUACUGAAGUUUACAAGUGCAAUUACCUCUGGUUCUCAUUCCUUCUGUUGUCAUCGUGUAUACUUCUCAUGCUUGGAUCAGUGGGAACUGCACUAAGUUAUAUAUGCCACGCUCCUGAUAUGAUGGGCUACGUGUCGAGCUUCACAUACAACAACCCGUACAUGAGUGUGCCAUCUGGUGGAGGAUCUUUGGGUGCUAUGGAGAGAGCGCGUCUACUGAGAGAUGUUAAAAUCAAGAUUGGCGAUGCCAGAGUUGACGACGAAGUUGGUCACGUUGUCUUUGCAACACUGGAUCGUGCUGAAGUGGUUGGAGAUCUGAGUUCUGAGAAGCUCUAUAGAUGA